UGCAGGCAAAGUUAUCUCCUUUAAUAUUUUCUGUGUGAACUUAAACAUCUUUACUCAAUUCAUUUAAUGUUAGCUAAAAGGUAGUAGUCAGCUUACCCAUUCACAAUAUGCCAAAAAUUCGGAUUAUUUUUUGAUACAAGAGCCAACAUUAUAUUAAAAGAUAGCUUAUUUUUCCUAAAAGUUUACGAAUUCUAGUUGAUCCAUUUGUAUCCUUUUUCCAUAUCAUUCGUAUACCAAACCCAUGAAAAAUAGGAGAAUCUGAUCACACAUAAAGUUCAGAAUGAUGAUGAUAGUAUCGACUCAAAUGGGACUAAAAACCCGCACUUGUAAGCGUUUUCAUGCUCAGCUCUUCUGUGGCAUUUCACAGUAAUAUUAAUCCGAAUAUCCUGAAACUAAAAUGCGGCAAUUGUAUGACUGUGGCUAAUUAUAAGAAAGACGAAGCCGGCUUUGAUUGCUCCACAGACGAUAUGGCCAUUACUUUUGCACCGCCUGGACGUAGGCCGUCGUCGAUUAAAUUGGCUGAGUGUUUACCACCGAAAUUCGAUAUAGUCGAUGCCGUCUAUGAUUAUUGUUGUUUCUGGUCCCCACAUCUUGGUUGUACUCAGGUCUAUGGCGAGUCCUAUCUGCCGAAGCAUAAGGAUAACUGCAGCCUGUGUGCUGAGCCAUGCGGCAAGGUCAAAAUAGAAGUGAUCAAAAACUCCAAUACAAGAACAAUUGACCUGCAGGAACAAUUGAUAAUCCUAUAUUUCCUGUCACUUUUAAUCUAUGACAUAAUUUAAAUCAAUUAAAGUAUUGGUGAUAAGUACUUACUUGCUUAA